UGCAUUAAGCAUACCAUCAUCACAACACAAGUGAGGAGAGAAAAACAAGAGAGAGAAUAAAAUGUCUUGCUGUGGAGGAAAUUGUGGGUGUGGCUCUGGGUGCAACUGUGGCAGUGGAUGUGGAGGAUGCAAGAUGUAUCCUGACUUAUCUGAGAGGAGCACCGCCUCGGCAACCACGGUCAUUGGAGUUGCAUCUAUGAAGGGGCACCUUGAAGGAUUUGAGAUGGUUGCUGAAGUUGAAGAUGGAGGGUGCAAGUGUGGAUCUAACUGCACCUGUGAUCCUUGCAACUGCUAAUGAGGAGAAGCUCCUUCAUGUUUCUCCCUCCCAAGUAUGGUUAUUAAUAUGUGGGUGUGAUAUAUACAUAUAUGCAUAGUGAAACAUCACUGUGCUAUGAAUAAAGAGAGCCAUGCCUAUGCAUACAUGCUCUCAUGGCUGGUGAAAGAAGGUUUGUUGCUGUUUGUGUGUUGCGCUGUUGCUAUUAUGUUCAAUAAAAGCUCUUGCUUCUCCAACUUAGUGUGUUUCUAUUUCUAUUUCA